AUCUAAGUAUCCAACGACCACUGCAACCUCGACCACUUUCUGUUCAUCACUUCACACACUGCUUCACAAAGUCACAUUUCACACAUGUCCGACCCGCCCAAACCUAUGUCGCUCCGCGAGCGCAUCGCCGCAUUCGAGAAGCAGUCCCAGGCGCAGUCCCAAUCGUCCGCCGCGCCGCCGCCGCCGCCGGCCUCGUCAUCCAGGGGGAAGGUCAGCUGGAAGCCGCGUCAGCGCACGCCGUCCCCGCCGCGGAACGAGCCCGACAACAGCAUCGACACCACUGCGUCCACAGCCUCUGCGGACGUCGGCGGCGUCGUGAAGAGCUCCGCUAGCAGCGGCAUGUCCGCGUCGGACGCGCGCGAGGCCGUGCGUGCGGCCGGCGGGAGCCUCAAAGAGCGUAUGGCGGCGUUGCAAGGUCGAGGUGGAUUCGGCGGCGGAGGAGGGGACGCGGGUGGGACGACGCCGCCUGCGCCUGUGGUGGGGACUGGUAGGCGGUGGGUCCCGCCGCCCAAACCCGCACCUGAGCCUGAAGCUGAGGGUGACGUCGAUGGGGCGAAGGCAGAGCAGGAGGGAGAGCGUGGUGAUACUGUUGCUGCGGAAAUCAGGGUGACGCCCGAGGGUGGUGACACUGAGAAAGCGGGCCUCAAGAGCGACGAUCUUGGCGCGGGCGAUGCUGAUGUGGAUGAAAGUGAACGGGACCCCGAGGAACUGGAACGUGAGCGUCGAGCCGCGAUUGCCGCACGCAUGUCGCGCCUCGGCGGGUCGCGCGUCGGAAUGGUACCGCCAGUUUUCGGCGCGCCGCGGCCUGUGGGGGCUAAGAAGGCGAGCUCUGAUCAGGUGCAGAAGGUUCAGGAUGACGAUCAGAAGGGAUCUGAGGAGGAUACGAAGAAAGAGGAGAUCGAAGAUGCUCAGACGAGGAAGGAAGAGGGAUCAAGAAAGCCGGAAGUGAAGGAGCAAGAAGUACCCGAGGUCGAGACCGUCGAAGGGUCCGUGCCAGAUUCCGAAGUGAAGCAAGUGGAGACAGCGACAGAGCCGACCACUCAAACGGAUCCAAUCGACACCAAAGAGCAAGAGCUCAGGCGGCAUGAGAGUGCAUCUACUCCCCCAACCUUACCCGCGCCACAAGACGUCCUGCCCUCGUCCCCAACUCUAUCAUCUACUCGUGCUCCUCCAACCGACAACGGCGUUCCUUCGCAAACUCCUCCAGAGCUUCCUGCCUCAGCCUCAGUUCCAGCCCCUGUCGCAGUCCAGAUCCCAUCGCCGUCGCCGAAACCAGCCCCCAUGGCAAUGCCGCUGCCUGCUGCACCGAAACGCGCCGCUCCUCCCAGAAAGAAACGCGCGCCAUCGCCUAUGCCUCCUCCUCUCGUAGACGAGGCCGACAAAGCUGAUCCGGUCGACAAAGACGAUGUGGCCGAGAUCGUGAAGGAAGAGAGCGCAGAUGGAAAGAACGCGGAACCAAGUCUAGGAGAAGUCGCUGCUGUCCCUGAAAAGCAGGAAACGCUUGCUGAGGAUGUCUCUCAUGCCCCAGCUCAUUCGGCAGAGCCAGUCACGGAGAAAUCGGAGGACAAAUCUCCGGUUCCCUCGAUGUUGUUCGCUCCUGCUGCUAUCAGUAUCGCCGACACUCCUGAGGUAGAUGCCGAUGCGGCCGUUGGCGACGUCGAAGAGCUGGGAGUGGUGGAUGUCCCAGUUCUCAGUGACUCGGACACGGUCCCCGCUGCUGAAGUCGAAGUCGAGGCCGAGGGUGCAGACGAGCUGAGGGACGAAGAGGUCCAGAGAUCUCCUGACGUGAAGACCACGGUCUCGCAGAUUCUAGAUGUCCCGGAGAUCCCUGCUCUCACUCCGCAACCCGAGGCCGAAUCUAUCCAAGCGGACGAGCAAGUCAUUCCUGCUGCCGUGCAUAACCAGCCAGACGCGAUGGAACGGAAAAAAAUCGAGCAUUCAGUAGAAGAGCCUUCAGGAAUUGCGCCUCAGGAGGCAGAUCGUGACGAGGACGAAUACAAGGAUGCGGUCGAGGAAGUCUCAGCUCCUCCGCAAGCGCUUUCUGAAUCAGCGAAACACCCAGCCCCCAAACUGCCGGAGGUCCCUCCACCUGCAUCAAUCGAGGAACCCAUGGCUCAGACAUCUCUGGUCUCGCCUGUAUCUCUGGCAAGCGACCAUGUCUCUUCUUCCAUACCAGCGGUGGACGAACAUGUGACAACAGCCACGGUCGAGCCCGCACCUCCCUCGCCCGUUGCGUCCUCGCCCGUUGCAUCAGCGCUCCAGGUCUCCCCGGUCGUCUCUGUGCCUGCGGUGGCUGCUGAAACCGUGGUCGCGCCGAAGGAUGAGCACAUCGCACCAGCGGAGGACUUGCACGUGCACAGUGACGUCACCUCACCCGCUGUCGAACACGUCCAGGCGCAGGUGCCGGUCGACGAGGGCGCGGGAGCGAGUGGGGAAAGCGAUCAGGUCCAGCAAUCGGUGCCAAAGGCAGAUCAGCCUGCGGAGAAUGCGGAGGAUGAGCCAGAGGAGGACGAGGAAGCGGCCCGGAAGCGGCGCGUCAUGGAGCGCAUGGCGAAGAUGGGUGGUUUCAAUCCCUUCGCGGCGCGUCCGGUCCCAGGGGCGAGGAAAGAGUCACAGGAGGAGAGGGAACCGGCUCGAGACGAGGAGAAAGCGGAGGAACGAGAGCGGGGAGUCGAUGAAGAACAGGAGGAAGAGGACGAGGCGGCCCGGAAACGGCGCGUGAUGGAGAAGAUGGCGAAGAUGGGCGGUUUCAAUCCGUUUGCGGCGCGAGCGGUGCAGAGUGUGGAGCACAGUGAUAACGAGCAAGGGAGAGCCGUGGAAGAUGAACAGACUGAGGGUGUGCGCAGAGAAUCGGUUUAUACUUUCAUGAAGGAAGAAGGAAGGUCACACAGCCUCACUGCGACGCCAUCACUUUUUGACGUUCUCCCUGCUCCCGUCGAUGGUGCUGAAACGCACUCCAAGGCGGGAAACAGUGCCGCGUAUCUACCGCGGGAAAUGCCAUCGGGAACCUUCUACUGCAUCUCUUAUUUGACUCGAUGCCCCGCGUUUUUCCCCCUCUUCUUUGUCUUUCGUCUUUCGCUCCGGGCUGGCUGGGCUGCCCCCGUCGUUUCACCGCGUCUCAUUCGUACAUUCUGGUGGUUCUUUGAGGAGCGAUUCUCUGCUUGUACCAUGCCUGCUAGCUGUGGAAACGGUGGCUGUUCUCAAGCGGCCCGAAUCUCGCGAAAAGUGUUGGCCGUUGCAGCGGCGAUGUUGGUGUUGGUGGGAGGGCAAUCUGCCAAUGCUGUGAAAAUCGGCAUCCGCAGCAACAACACAUCCUCGGAUCUCGCAACGCCAGACGUGCGCGCGCGUGAUGUUCUCACGCCACAGAUGAGCGUCAACACGAGCAGCGUGCCCGCCACGUGCCUCGAGACGUGCGCGCCCAUCUUCGAAACUGAAAAGACAUGCGGGACGAAUCUGACCUGCCUGUGCACGGACCCGGCGGUGCACAGCUUCGCGCUCUGCAUAGACUGCGUCGUCGGGACCGCCCCGAGCACGUUGGCGCAGAGUGCCGGGCAGGGCGUCAUCAGCGGUACGUUUAUCCCGCCUCAUGCUGCAUCGCAGAUCCGCUGAGCGAGGGUGCAGAUCUUGUCGCCCGGUGCGCACAGGACCAGAGACCGGUGGCGUCGCAGUCGCUGUCCCUAUCAGUUUCUCUGGAGCCGUCGGGGGCUGGUAGGCCCGCUGCGACUGGUUCUGUCUCUGGCUCUGGACGACGGCUUGAGGGGCGGUGGGUGUCGGGGGUGGUGCUGGUGUCCGUGCUCACGGGCGUUGUCGCAACUUGUUGGUAGAGUCUGGUUUAU